UCAAUUGGGUGAAGAAAGCACUGGCACGCAUGGCGAUGGAUACUGGAACAACUUUUUCUGUUGCCAAGGAAAUCUGUCCGAAAUGUGGCACAGUUUUACCAUUUCCAAAGCGUGGCACAUUAGACGUCUUCUGUAAAAUUUGUGACUUUAAAACUAAUGCUACAGAUACAUGGAAAGAUGUUGUUUAUUACUCUCAUAGAACUGUGAAUGAGCGCAAGCAAGGGAAAAAGAGGAAAGAACCGCGGGCUGAAGAUCUAGGACCUGUGGUUGAUCGAGCAUGUGUUUACUGCGGCCAUGAUGGUCUUCACUUUCAUACUAGUCAGACAAGAUCAGCUGAUGAAGGACAAACAAUCUUCUACUUCUGUCCAAGUUGCAAAAAACAAGAGAUUGAGUACACCUGAUGUCCGUUGGAUGUUGCUAUUUAUCAUGAACUGCUAAAAAUGCUGAUAUUUAUGAAUUAAAAAUAAAUGAUAUAACCUCUGGUUGAUAUGUGCCAGCCUUCAGCACCGUUAAAGCCAACAUUCAACGGCCACUCUGAACAACCACCAGCUCAAGAGCUUAACUCCUCUUACAGAUCUUGACCGUCCUUGAUUCUUAAAGAAUGAAACCUUUGGAACAAGAUACCUUGUGUAAAAA